CCUCAACAACAAUGACGGUCGGUUGAUGGCUGAAGAGGAGGUCGCCAUGAUCUCUCACGGUCAUAAUAGUCGCGACCAACAGUUCAUCACGUCGCUUCCAGAGGGAGUGUUUGCCGCCCGCAAAGCAAUCAGCAACUGGGAGCGCAUGCGCAUCUUCAAGCUGGGUGGAGACCGCCAGCCCAUUGGCGGCCAGAUCAGCUAUGGUGACAAGGUGGCGGUGUGGAGCAAAGCAUCGGGAAAGUGGUGGGCUGCUGAGCAGUGCAAUGGCGGCGUCAACGCCAACAGGGAAACCAUCGGUCCGUGGGAAACGUUCCUGUAUACCAAGGGCGAGUGCACGUGUUGGGACAACAAAGAAUCCAAGAAAGCCGACAUCGCCAGGGAGUUUGCCAGUGGCGGUGUGAUUUGAGGACCGGUUUGGGGACCGGAACAUUCAGAUUCCUCCUUUUCCGUCACUGAGGAUCUGCUUGACGAGUUCGCACGAAAACUGAGUUUCGAUUUGGGUCGGUUCGGCACACCAGUGCCAGCUGUGGAUAAGGAGACCAUUCGCUGGCUCACAGACAGUAAGACCGUCCUACAGGGAGCCUUCCUCCUCCUUCUGAUCCUUUUGGUUUCUCAGAUGUCGGCUCAGAGAGGGACUUCGUUGUUGGCGACAAGCUGGUUCGCUGCGCUGUCAGAGAGCACAAAGGUCUCCAUGUCCGUGCUUCCAUGUGUGCAGGUGUCCGUGGUGUAUCGUCGUGCUUCAUAUUCGAAGAAGACUUGCGAGUCCGAAAGGAUUUGCUUGGGGUGCAGCAACUGCGGAUGUUCAUCGCUAGGGUGCAGGCUUUCCUCGAGCAACCAACCUUAUGUGGGCUGGAAGAUCGUCACGCACGGCGUGAGUCGUGCACAGCCAUGCCGACACCCAGCCGCCUUCAAGUCGUGCCCAACGGACCCCGGCGACCGCUUCGUGGUCUUCCCGCCCAACCUUGACCCUUGGCGCGGCAGGGCGGUGGCCGAUGCUACAAGCCUUGGCCCCUGGGAGGUGGUGUGUCUCAUCACCCUCAACAACAAUGACGGUCGGUUGAUGGCUGGAGAGGAGGUCGCUAUGAUCUCUCACGGUCAUAAUGGUCGCGACCAACAGUUCAUCACGUCGCUUCCAGAGGGAGUGUUUGCCGCCCGCAAAGCAAUCAGCAACUGGGAGCGCAUGCGCAUCUUCAAGCUGGGUGGAGACGGCCAGAUCAGCUAUGGUGACAAGGUGGCGGUGUGGAGCAAAGCGUCGGGAAAGUGGUGGGCUGCUGAGCAGUGCAAUGGCGGCGUCAACGCCAACAGGGAAACCAUCGGUCCGUGGGAGACGUUCAGGAUCCGAUUCCUGUGAUCGAUUGAUGUCAGGGGUCUGGAGUGUGGGGCUGACUGACCCGUCUGUGUGUGUGUGUCGGGUCCACGGGACACAGACAGUCCUUUGCAUAUGGAUCGCUUCUCUAUUCGGGUGCAUUUUUUCUUCCGUACGUAUUUGUAUACGUGCUCGGCUGCAUGAUCAUUUUUCGGCUCUCCUGUGCCUGCCUUGCAGAAUUUUCUGUGUGCGUGUGUGGAUGCGUGUGCUGGUAGUUAGUGCAUGGAGCCAUCGACAAAUGUCUAUCGGUGGAUAGAGACGUG